AUGGCGAGCACCAACCGACCAGCAGACCCUCUGGCCAAGGGCACUUUGGCGACGGCCAAGCAGAGCUUGAGAGACCUCUUCACCUGGGACCAGCGCGUCGUGGUCAGAAAUGACUACGGCGAAGAGCACUGCGAAUGGCAGAAGCCUGCACCAUUGAAGAACCCCUUCAGCCUAUUCGCUCAGCUCAAACUGAAAGACUGGCUUUACUUCAUUGUCGGCUUUUUGGCAUGGACCGCCGAUGCUUUCGACUUUCACGCGCUCUCGAUCCAGACGACCAAGCUCGCAGCUUACUACAAGCAAUCCAAUACGAACAUCACCACUGCUAUCACCUUGACAUUACUUCUGCGUUCUGUGGGUGCUGCCUUCUUCGGUCUGGCCGGUGACAAGUUCGGUCGCAAAUGGCCCAUGGUCAUCAACAUGAUGAUCCUGGGACUUCUUCAAGUCGCAACCAUCUACGCUGGUACUUUCCAGCAGUUCCUUGCUGUACGCAGUCUGUUCGGGCUUUUCAUGGGUGGUGUCUACGGAAAUGCCAUCUCCAUGGCGUUGGAGAACUGCCCUGUCGAUGCAAGAGGUCUUAUGAGUGGUAUCCUCCAACAAGGAUACUCUUUCGGCUACGUUCUUGCCGCCUGCGCCAAUUUGGGUGUUGGUGGAGAGACAAACACCUGGAAGAUUGUCUUCUGGAUCGGAGCUGGUUUCUCAAUCGCUGUUGGCUUCCUUCGAAUCCUCUUCCCCGAGUCCCAGCAGUUCAUCGAGGCAAAGAAGGCAGGCCACAAGGCAAAAGCUCCCGGCGCUUUCUGGAUGGAGACCAAGGUGAUGCUUGCUAAGGAGUGGAAGAUGUGUGUCUACUGUAUCUUCUUGAUGACUUGGUUUAACUUCUAUUCGCACACCAGCCAAGACAGCUACACCACAUUCAUGAAGCAGUCGAAACACCUCAGUGCUGCUGGUUCGACCCGCGCCUCUAUCCUGAUGAAGACCGGAGCCUGUGUGGGCGGUACUAUCCUUGGGUACACUUCGCAAUGGUUCGGCCGUCGUCGCACUAUCAUCUGCGCUGCGUUCAUGUCGGCUUUCAUGAUUCCGGCCUGGAUUCUGCCCACCACCGAACGCGGCCUCUCAGCCUCUGGCUUCAUGAUUCAGUUCUUCGUCCAAGGAGCAUGGGGAGUGAUUCCCAUCCAUCUCAACGAGCUGUCGCCACCUGCUUUCCGUUCGUCAUUCGUCGGAAUUACAUAUCAACUCGGAAACAUGAUUUCUUCGCCAUCCGCGCAAAUCGUCAACGCACUGGCUGAAUCGCACCAAAUCAGGACGCACGAUGGCAAGCUUUCUCCAGCUUAUGGUCCAGUUAUGGGCAUUGCUACAGCUAUCAUCGCUAUGGGUAUUGCUUGCACGACUGCAGUGGGUCCUGAGAAGAAGGGUCGUCACUUCGAGACUAGCGCCCCGAUCGGUGCUGGGGAGGUGGCUAAGGACAUCGAACAGGGUAGCAUUCACUCCGAGAAGGAUGGUGUAAGAGCUAUUGAGGUCCACGAGACUGCGCCCAAAUCUAACAACGUCGAGAAGGUUUGA